CAACAGGCUAGGUCAGUACUUCCGGUGACUAGGCUCCGCUGCGUUACAAAAGUCUCUGCUGCCGGGGUCCUUGCCGAUGACUUUCUGGCACCCAUAUUUCCGGUUCCCCCAAUGGGCGCCGCCAUCUUCGGAAUCGGCGUCUUUCCGCUGCUUUGGUCCCCGCCGCCAUGUCUAAGGCCCUGGAGGAGAGCAAGGCAGCCGCGCCUCCCCCCAAGCCGCUGUUCGGGAGCUGUUGGGGCUGCCGCAUCCUGUCCGGCUCGGCACUGAUCGGGGCCGGGUACUGGGUCUAUCUAGGCCCGCGCAAGGUCAUAAGCCGGGGCUUCGCCCCCUCCCCAUGGAACAUUGUCCAGCUCUCCUUCGCAGUCAGUCUAGCCUGCUGGGGUGUAGUCAUCCUAGUUGAUCCAGUUGGGAAACAGAAGAAGUAGAACAAACAAGGCAGGACAAGAUGCAGCUGCUGCACUGGCCAAGUCAAAAAAUGUGCAUUUGGGACAAUAACAUGAAUCCAAGAGAAAA